AUGAAAUUAAAUAAAAAAGAAGAAUUACUUGUUUUGUUAUUUCCACCAAAUCCAGCAACGCAUACUAUUAAAGUCGAAGUUGAAACUAUUUAUCGCAGAGUGUAUCGCAAUUCUCUUGGCUGGUUUUUGGCUAUUUCCAUUGCAAUACAAUUGAAUGACAAUGUCAUGGAAGAGUUGAACGAAACCCCUUCAAGCCGACAAUUAAAGCAUUCAUGUUCCAAGCCUAUGUUAAAGGGAGAUCAUAAAUUGGGGGAUUUUCGCUUGGCUAAUUUUGAUAGAAAUCUGAUUCGUAAUUCAGCGAAACAUAGUGUCCUGAACGGCGCCCUUUUAUUAUUUCAAUCAACAGGUGGGUGGGCAUGCUUCUAUGUGUGGAUGGAUAUGCGCUACGAUAGUUCAACUACAUCACUCUAUCAUUCGGCUCUCUCUUUUCACCACCCGAAAGCACGAAGGCACGAAUGGGUUUUGAGUUUGCUUUCUUUGCUUUUUUCGGAUUUGGAGUUAAAUAGAGAAAACUAUAUUCUACCAACCAGAAGUCGAGCCUUGUUCAUGAAUUCUCUUCUCGUCCUCGAUAAACAUCAACAUAAUGAUACGGAAAAAACAAAAAAAGUCUUAGUUAAACAGUUGGUUUGGUUGCUGACUACUUACUUCAUAUCAAUUGCUACAAGAUUAACGAAAUCCAUAACAGAACUUGAAAUAAAAGCAAAUCGUAACUGGAUCCGUUGUAGUGAAAUCUGA